AUGGUAUCAAUAUUUGCAGGACACAUUGAUCAUUCUGCUAGGGUUAUGCGUGUUAUCACUUGGAAUAGGUCUUUCAAAGGUGUACCCAGUGCUGAAGGUGGGAAGGAUGAACUUGAUUCUGAAGAUUAUGAAACUCAUGCUACCGUUUUGGAUAAGUUGUUAGCAUGGGAAAAGAAACUCUAUGAUGAAGUAAAGGUACAUUGCAUCAUUUAUUGGUUUGGUUUUGACCGCUUGUCCUUCAUAUUGAGUUCUUACCAAGGGGAGCUUAUGAAGCUUGAGUACAAAAGGAAGGUUGCUUUGCUAAAUAAGCAGAAGAAACGUGGUUCUAGUGCAGAAUCCUUGGAGAAAACAAAAGCAGCUGUGAGUCAUCUGCAUACGAGAUAUAUUGUUGACAUGCAAUCCAUGGACUCAACCGUUUCAGAAGUGAAUCAGAUACGUGAUCAGCAGUUGUAUCCAAAACUUGUUGAUCUUGUUGACGGGAUGGCGAAAAUGUGGGCAAGUAUGUGCAUGCAUCACGACAGCCAACUGAAGAUUGUUACAGACCUUAAAUCCCUUGAUGUCAACCAUGCUAUCAAGGAAACAACCAAACACCAUCAUGAGCGCACAAUCCAACUUUGGAAAGUUGUCCAAGGUUGGCAUUCACAAUUCGAAAAGCUUGUGACCCACCAGAAACAAUACAUUCACACUCUUACUAGCUGGUUAAAGCUAAACCUGAUCCCCAUUGAAAGCAGCUUAAAAGAGAAAAUAUCAUCUCCACCGAGAGCCCAGAAUCCCCCAAUUCAACCCCUCCUCCAUUCAUGGCAUGACCUUCUGGAAAAGCUUCCAGAUGAGCUUGCCAAAUCUGCAAUCUCAUCAUUUGCAGCUGUGAUAGAAACCAUAGUGCACCAUCAGGAAGAAGAGAUGAAGCUAAAGGAAAAGUGUGAGGAAACGAGGAAGGAGUUUUUGCGUAAGAACCAGGCAUUUGAGGAAUGGUACCAAAAAUACAUGCAGCGGAGAACCCCAACUGAUGAAACAGAUGCUGAUAGAGGUGAAGACACCAAUCCCAAUCCUGUCUCCGAGAGGCAAUUUGUAGUAGAGAGUUUGAAGAAGAGGCUGGACGAGGAAGUAGAAGCUCACCAGAGACAUUGCCUCCAGGUAAGAGAGAAAUCAGUUGGAAGUCUCAAAAUGCGCUUGCCUGAGCUGUUCCGUGCUAUGUCAGACUAUGCUCAUUCCUGUUCUGAAGCUUACGAGAAACUUAGGUCCAUCACAAACAUGCAGAAGUCAAAUCGUAGUCGUGCAUAA